AUGGAUGGUCCUGCACAAGUGUCCCAAUGCCCGAUUCUCCCUGGGUCGUCCUUUACCUACAAAUUCAAGGUAGAGCAGGUUGGAACCUAUUGGUAUCAUUCUCAUACAAGGGGACAGUAUGUGGAUGGUCUACGAGGACCGCUCAUUAUCCAUGACCCAGGAAACCCUUUCCAUGCACAGUUUGACGAGGAGAUAGUGCUCACUCUGUCUGAUUGGUAUCACAAAGAGAUAGCUGAGCUCAUGCCGAAGUACAAGGAUGGCGGCGGCAUGAUGUCCAUGGAGCCUGUGCCCGAUGCAAACCUUCUGAACGAUACCCAAAAUCUUCAGGUCCCCGUCCAACCUUCCAAGACAUACCUUGUCCGCGUGGUCAAUAUCGGUGCUUUCGUGGGCCAAUAUUUCUGGAUCGAAGGGCAUACCAUGACAAUUAUCGAACUUGACGGGUCAUACGUGCGGCCGACAGUGGCAGAAAUGAUAUACCUAGCAUCUGGCCAACGUUGCAGCUUUCUUUUGACAACGAAAGUUGAAGCAUCGCAAAACUAUCCAAUAGUGGCCUCUAUGGAUCAAAGCUUAAUCAAGAUGUCAGACCGUGUCAACACGGAUGUGGUGGGCUGGCUUGUAUACGACCUUGCCCAACCUUUGCCGUCGCCGGUUGAGAUCAAAGAGUAUAAUCCCAUUGAUGACAUGGGUAUCUUGCCGUAUGAUGAUAUGCCCCUACUCCGGAAACCAGACCAAACCAUCAUACUGAGCCUUAACAUGGAGCAUAAAAACGGUGGUUCUCAGUAUACAAGUUAUUUUUUCAACGAUGUGACGUACGAAACUCCACAGGUCCCUUCGCUGUUCACAGCACUCAUCAGCGGCGAUGCAGCAACCAGUGUUGCCACGUACGGAAGAUCAAGCAAUCCGUUCGUGCUAGAGCACAACCAAGUGGUGGAAUUGAUCCUCAACAACCGACAUAUGAUCAAUCAUCCCUUCCACCUGCACGGACAUCAGUUCCAGGCUGUCUGGCGAUCAGAGUCCGGGGGCGGAGAUUUUCCGGUCGGCACUCUUACUGAAGACGACUUCAACCAGAAACCCGUACGGCGUGAUACGCUAGUGCUUCCGAACGGUGGUAGCAUGGUGAUCCGAUUCCGAGCCGACAAUCCAGGGGUGUGGCUUUUCCAUUGCCACAUGGAAUGGCAUGCUGAAACAGGUCUGGUGGCCACGAUGAUAGAGGCCCCCUUGAAACUCCAGCAACAAUCCAUUCCUCUGGCCCGGGAACAUUUUUGUGCACCAUCAGGCACAGAAAUUUCAGCCAACGUGACCAAUGAAGUUGACAGCCUACCGAAAAUUCACGAAAAGACCUCCAGUCUCGCACUCGGCCCUAUAGUGUUGCUACUAGCAGGCUUCGUGGCUAUCCCCACUGUUAUAAUCGGAAUCUUUUGGAUCUGCAAGAAGGGACAGAGUGAUGACGAACCAAAAUAUAGACGCCUAGAACCGAGCUUGGAGCUGUGA